AUGAUCUAAAUUUAAAGUUAUGUGAUUUUGGUUUUGCGAGAGUAAUAUAGAUCUAAACUUUAGACAAUACAAACUUAAGAAUAAUUGACUGAUUAUGUGGCUACAAGGUGGUAUAGAUCACCUGAAUUACUGAUAUCUAAUAAUUACGGAAAGCAAGUAGAUAUAUGGGCUAUUGGUUGUAUUAUGGGAGAAUUGAUUGAUGGUCAACCAUUAUUUCCAGGCGAAAAUGAGAUGGACUAAUUAUAUCUGAUAUAGAAGAUUAUUGGACCAUUAACUUAGGAUUAGAUGGAGAAAUUUUAGAAGAAUUAAAGAUAUAUAGGAAUGAAGUUUCCUGAAAUAGUUAAAUCAGAAACUAUUGAGAAAAGAUAUGGUGGUAAAAUGUGUAAUAAAGGUUUGAAUUUCUUAAAACAAUGCUUGAUAAUGGAUCCAAACAAGAGAAUUACUUCUUUAGAGUGUUUAGAGCAUCCAUAUCUAUCUGAACUUUGGAGUAAAGAAAAUGAUGUUAGGCCUAAAAGUAAUUUUUAGAGGAGGAUAAGUUGUGAAAGAGAUGAUUCUAAGCCUAGCAUACUUAAUCAAUACGAUUUUGGCGAAUAGAAACCAAAAAAGAUUCAAGAGAAAGCCAUUCCUUAAACUAUUUAGAAUUAAUCAUUUGUUUAAAAAUAAGUAUAUAAUUACAAAAUUGGUGAUGAGACUCCAGAAGUAACCAAGGAAGGAGAUGAUACAAAAUCAUAAAUGCACAAAACAUUUAAUUAAUCAUUCAAAAUCAAAUUUAAUGAUACUCUUCCUUAAAGUAGAUUAGGGUCAGAAUAAGACAAGAGAAUCAAUAGAGUUAUUGGUUUACCAGGUUUGAAGGAGGACCAAAAAUAACAAUACUAAUAGUAAUAAUUACAAUAAUAAUAACAACAGAAUAAUCAUAAUAAAUCUCCAAACAAGAGAACCUCUAUCCAGUAACCAUCUUUUUACGUUUAGGUAUUUAUACAAUCAUAUAUGCAGGGAUAAUAUAAUUUGUAGCCUUAAAAGCUUAAUCUAGUGUAUAAUGCUAAUACUUAUAAUUAUUCAAUUAAGAAAUCGUAUAUCUCAAAAAAAUGA